AUGGACAUGCAAAUGUUAAGGAAGAACUCAAUUCAACUCCGGUUUGUGUUUCUUACAUCAUCCGUUGUUAUUUGUGUCUCACUACUUUUUCUAAAUCAAUAUUAUUUGAAUGCCAAUGAUAGAAAAAUCAAAUUCUCUCUUCCUAACUUGAAUAAUGCAAAGCUUGAAAAGAUAGUCACCACUACACCUUCAAAUUCUUCCCCCAAUCUUACUAUUACUAGUAACCAAAAAAAUGUACCCGAAGGAGCCACAGAUAUUGCUACAUCCAUUGGUGAAAGUAAUAGGAGAAGAAAUAUUGUUAGUUCCCCUCCUUUGAUGAAAGAAAAGGUUGAAGUAUUUACCACAACAAAAUUGGAUCCUUGUAGAGGCAAAUAUAUCUUUAUGUAUGAUCUUCCUAAUAGAUUCAAUGAGGAUUUGUUGAAAAAAUGUCACACUCUCAAUAAGUGGGAAAAUAUUUGUCCUCACUUAUCAAACUUAGGGUUAGGGCUUGAGAUUAUUAAAGAAUCAGAUAGACGUGCUUUGUCAAAUGAAAAUUGGUUUGCGACAAAUCAAUUUUCACUUGAAUUGAUUUUCCACAACAUCGUGAGACAUUAUAGGUGUUUAACUAAUGAUUCGUCAUUGGCUUCCGCCAUUUAUGUACCAUACUAUGCUGGUUUAGAUAUAGGUAGAUAUCUCUGGGGAGGAUUUAAUAUUUCCGUAAGAGAUGAAUUACCGAAAAAAUUAAUAGAAUGGUUAGCGCAACGGCCUGAAUGGAAGAAACUUGAUGGUAAAGAUCAUUUCUUGGUUGGUGGAAGAGUUGGUUUUGAUUUUAGAAGAAAAAGUGAUGAAAAUGAAGAUUGGGGUACAAAGUUUAUGUUUUUGCCGGGAGCAAGUAACAUGUCAAUAUUGUUGAUAGAAUCGUGUGGUUUAUAUGAUAAUGAAUUUGCAAUUCCAUAUCCAACUUAUUUUCAUCCGAGAAGUGAUGAUGAGAUUCUUAUUUGGCAGAACAAAGUGAGAAAAAUGAAAAGGAAUUAUAUAUUUACAUUCACGGGUGCUCCAAGACCUAAUUUGACAUCGUCCAUAAGAAACGAACUUAUCAAACAAUGUGAAUCAUCUCCAAAUUGCAAACUAGCAAAUUGUAAUAAAAAGCGAAAUUGUGGUGAUCCGGUUUAUGUUAUGGGUGUUUUUAUGAAUUCGGUUUUUUGCUUACAACCUCCGGGCGAUUCAUAUACUAGAAGAUCGAUUUUUGAUUCAAUUUUGGCGGGUUGUAUUCCGGUUUUCUUUCAUCCUCAAUCAGCAUACAAGCAAUAUCUAUGGCAUUUUCCUAAAAAUACUUCUAGCUAUUCUAUCUUCAUACCUGAAAUUGAUGUUAAGGAGAAGAGAGUGAUGAUUGAUAUGAAAUUGCUUAAUGUUUCAACAAAGGAAGUGUUAGCAAUGAGAGAAGAGGUUAUAAAAUUGAUUCCAAAAAUUAUUUAUCGUUAUCCAAGUUCUAGAUUAAAGGCACAUGAAGAUGCUUUUGAUGUAGCUAUUAAGGGAGUUCUUGGAAGAGUUGAAGCAAUUAGGAAAGAGAUUACAAAUUCUUCUAAUAUUACGGUUAAUUCGGUUUAA